CGCGCCUACGAGCUCAUAACCCAACCAGACCUGAACGCGCGCACACACACAAACACAACGAGGAGAUAAAACACAUACAGAGGACACUAGUUGGAUUACUUGGAUUAUUACACAUGCCAUUAACGGAAUCCGUGUGGAAUGAAAGUUUUAGUUGGUCCAGUUCAGAUCAUAAAUACUUGUCUCCAUCAAAUAAAAUGAGAGGUGAAGAAGCGUCCGGUACUGUCCUGCACAGACUAAUCCAAGAGCAGCUUCGCUAUGGAAACCCCACAGAUGCCCGCACACUUCUGGCCAUCCAGCAGCAGGCCCUGCGACGAGGAGGUGGUGUUGGAGGUGGCAGCGGAGGGGCUUGUUCUUCGCAGUCUUCAUCAGAAAGCCUUAGCCAGGAAGACCCCCAGUCUCCUCAGCUCUCUGCUCGCCAAGAACCCCAGGGUCAAGAGCAUCAGGUCGACUACCAGCACUCUGAAAACUACCCAACGUACCCGCACCACGGUGAGGAGCUGCCCACCUAUGAACAAGCGAAGGCCCAAUCUCAGUAUUUGGCCUCCCAGUGGGGCCAACCGCACAGGGGCUGCUCACUACAGGAUAGCGAAACCAUCCCAAAGCCCUGUGAGGAGGAAGACAGCUGGGACCCGAAGCGAGGCCACGUACGGUCACUCAGCGAUCGGCUUAUGCAGUUCUCAGUAGAGCGCAGUAAAAUGCCUACAGCAUGUUCUGCCAGUUACCCUCAGAUACAUGGAUAUCAUGCAAACCAGCACUUACAAUAUAACCAGCUCGGACUGGAGUACAUUAAGCAAAUUCCUUAUACCGAGUGUCCUUUUCCUGUACAACAAGCAGCGGAGUAUGAACAGUGCUACAAAGCACCACCACCAUUUCAUUCCCAGCAUAACAGACUUCCAACACCAGAGGUUUGCCAUAGACUCUCCACAUCUCCCCCUGCUGGCAGCGAGGUCAUGGCUUGCAGUCGCAGUCAACUGGAAAUGCUCAUGAAUGAGAAUAAAAGAUUGAAACAAGAGCUAGAAGGACACACUGAGAAAGCCCUCCGGAUUCAGAAGCUGGAACAAGAGAUCCAAAGGAUCUCCGAGGCCUACGACACUCUGAUGAAAGGCUGCGCUAAAAGAGAAACUCUAGAGCAAGCGCUAAGAAACAAGCUGAUGGGUGAGAUCAAGAGGCUACAGCAGUCAAGCAUUCAAGCGGCAAAGGAAGCCGAAGCUGCUGACCAGAACCAGCAUGUUAUUGAGAAGCUCCUUCUGCAGAAUGAAGAACAGCAGUUGCAGUGCGCACAUUUGGAGCAGGAGGUUCAGCAUCUGCAAAACGAAGUGGAGAACCAGCAGCGCAGGAGCGAGGCCCUUGAGACGGCGCUGAGGUCUACGCAGACACGCAGCCAGCAGCUGUGGACGGAGCUCCAGAGGAAGAGAGCGUAUGUGGAGAAGGUUGAGCGUCUGCAGGGGGCUCUAACUCAGCUUCAGGCGACCUGCGAGAAAAGAGAAGGCUUGGAAACGCGCCUGAGGACGCGGCUAGAGCAGGAACUGCGGAGCCUCCGAAGUCAGCAGCGGCAGCCGCAGCCAGUCUGCGGGGCGUCUCACGUAAGUGUGUCCACUCUGCAAGAGCUUCUGCGGGAGAAAGAAGAGCGCAUUUUGUCCCUGGAGGCUGAUAAGACACGCUGGGAACAGAAAUACUUGGAGGAGAAGACCAUGAGGGAGUUUGCAAUGGAUGCUGCUGCAACCGCUGCGGCCCAGAGAGACACAACCAUCAUUAACCAUUCGCCCUGUCAUUCCUUCAUUGAGGAGCUGCCAUCAUCUGAGCACAGAAACCAGGAGGUUGAAAACAGGAUCCGUGCCUUGUACACCCAAAUCCUGGAGAAGGACACAGUGAUCAGCAUCCUGAAGCAGAAGCUGCAGCGGGAGCAGAAGAGAGAGUCAGAAGACCAGAGCACCAUCUCUCAUUCAACGGUCACAAACACUGCCCAGGGCAAAGGGAAGAGUCAUUCCAAUGAUGAGUCCCAUUCAACGCUUGCUCUGGUAGCAGCCCUGGGACAAAAUGAACCAGUUCUGUUAGAGAAACAGACAACAGAUCAAACCUCCUGCACAGAGACCAGCUCUGGUAACAUCCAGAAAACACCGUCCACUGUUGACCUCUUCAAGGGCCUGGAUGAUGUAGCAGCUGAUGCAGUGGAGAUCUUCAUUUGAUUAAGAAGAUUCAGACAAACUGCCCUGCAAAAUAAAUGUUGAGGAGUUCUGGGAGAGAUUAAAUGACACUACAUCACUAAACUGUUGUGAAAAAAGAGUCUAGCUAAAUGACAGCUGCUCAAAAAUAAAAGAGGGAGCUGAGCUCUUCUCUUAAAACUACAUCUCCAGUCUGGUGUGUUUUGACACAUAAGGCAGUGAACUGAAUUAGAGACUUUUGCUGCUGGUGAGAAUCCAAAAUAUUUUGGUAUUUACAGCCGUCCCGUACAGGCACAAACUUCUAAACUGUCCUCACUAUUGCAUUGUCCCUCCUCUCAGAAGACCUGUGGUAAAUUCACCACAUUCCAGUUCAACUGAUUUUCUUCCUGAGACUGAAGCUCUUGCAUGUAUCUUUUCCACCCCACCUUUAUUGAUUGUUAUAAACGGUUACAUUUUUCUCAUGUUUUUCUAUUUAUGGCUGCUACGCCCUUAAGCAAAGUUAUUCUUUUACAUUGCAUUUCUAGGUUCGGCAUGCUUAACACUGUCACGUUGUGCGAGACAAAAA